AUGAAUACCGCCAUCCAAGAAGUGACGUGCGCGUCGGUUGAUCUGGACGGCUUUGGCUCCGCCGCAGACGACGCUUGGUUCGACCAACACACGGCACCCAUAGACGGCGAGGAAGAAACCGGGGCCCAUCCUCAUCAAGCCGCAGCUCUCAAAGUGUAUCUCGAAGGAAAUGAAACCCCGUCCAAAACAGCCAUUGCCCUGAGUAAGCCUCAUGCCUCCGAGAAGAAGGUUGAUACACGAGACCGUGUACUCGGAAUAAUACAAGACGCACUCUUUGAACUACCCGAAAGCAACACGCCUGCUCUUGUCGACCUGCUAAAAGAGCUUAGCCAGCUAUCUGAUGAGGAGGACGGUGACCCAGUUUGGCGAAAUCUCACAAGCUUCGGCCACUCGUGGUCAGAUAUGUGGAAGCAAAGCCAUUGGCGAGCAGCGUUAGCAACGCGGGAUCCGAAUACAAGAUCGAAGCGCCGUGAAGCACACGUGCAUCUUGCUUUUGUGGAGGCAUCAUGUGCGAUGGCUGCCUCGGGCCCGAAUGCUGAAGAUGGUCUCUUGCCACUGAGCUGGGGUUAUGAGUGCAUCUCCGAGGCGCUCGAAUGUCAGGACGCAGUGUGGGACUUUGAGGUACCUGCUGCGGCGGUCUGGAUCAGAGUUGCCGGGGAAAGACUCAGAGAGGGCGCAAGGAGAGAAGAGAAGUCCUGGGCGUUGGAGAGAGAGGGGAGGCUUUGGACGGCGGGACCCAUGAGCAUGGAUCGGUGGAAUUUCUGGCUAAAAAGACUGGAGCAGCUGGAAGAAAUUGGAAACGCUGUAUCAGGAGCGGCGAUUGAAAGCUUGCGGAAUGCUCGAGCUCAAUGCAAAGAAUAG